GGAGGAGGAGGAGGAGGGACGGAGCGCAUCGCAUCGCCUCUCCUCGCUGCUUUCAUUUUGCCAAGUAGAAAGCGGCUGUUUGACAAUAGCUCGGGCGGCGGAGCGCAAAACAAGGGGAGCCGUUGGAGGAGGAAGCGCAACGAUGACGGGCAAAUUUGUGAAAGACGUGGACAGAUACCAGGCUGUCCUCAACUCUCUGCUGGCGCUGGAGGAGAACAAAUACUGCGCCGAUUGCGAAUCCAAAGGUCCAAGAUGGGCGUCGUGGAAUUUGGGCAUCUUCAUCUGUAUCCGCUGUGCUGGCAUCCAUCGAAACCUGGGGGUGCACAUCUCCAAGGUCAAGUCCGUCAACCUGGACCAGUGGACACAAGAGCAGGUCCAGUGUGUUCAAGAGAUGGGAAAUGCCAAGGCCAAACGUCUCUACGAGGCUUUUUUACCUGAAUGCUUCCAGCGGCCCGAAACGGACCAAUCUGCAGAGAUAUUCAUCAGGGACAAGUAUGAUAAGAAGAAGUACAUGGAUAAGGUCAUUGACAUCCAGAUGCUGAGGAAAGAAAAGAGUUGUGACAACAUACCCAAGGAGCCAGUUGUAUUUGAGAAGAUGAAAUUGAAAAAAGACAUCAGCCCGAAGGCAGAUUCCCAGUCUGUUACAGACCUGCUUGGACUAGAUGCCCCUGCUCCAAGCCCUGCGGUGUCUAAUGGAGGAGGAUGUGUUCCAGACAGUAAUGAGAGCCCAGUGGUGUCUCAUCCAGCUCUGGCACACUCUGGCCUGGAUCUGUUCAGCUCGCUCCCAGCCCCCUCCUCUGCUUCCUCCGCUAAAACCACGCCUGUUUCUAACUCCAUGCCUCAGAGCAGGGUGACUGCCUCAGUGCCUGAGAAUCUCAGCUUGUUCCUGGAUCCCACACCCAAAACAGAAGAGGGCACCAUCAAGAAACUGUCCAAGGAUUCUAUUCUCUCCCUGUACGCCUCCACCCCCUCAGUGCAUGCCAGCACUAUGGCUGCACAUGGCUUGUACAUGAACCAGAUGGGAUACCCGACACACCCGUAUGGUUCGUACCACUCUUUAGCCCAGGCAGGUGGAAUGGGAGGCGCCAUGAUGACAUCACAGAUGGCCAUGAUGGGACAGCAGCAGAGUGGCAUGAUGGGUGUUCAGCAGAACAGCAUGAUGGGAGUCCAGCAGAGCUGCAUGAUGGGACAGCAGAAUGGCUUGAUGGGUGCUCAGGGAGUCAUGGCUCAGCCUAGCGGUGUCAUGGCCUCACCCUACAUGACGGGAAUGCCCCAGGGCAUGAUGGGACAGCAGCAGAGUGGAAUGAUGGUACAGCAGCAGAAUGGCAUCAUGGGACAGCAGCAGGUCGGCGGUCUGGCCACGUUACCCCACCAGCAGGUUUAUGGAGUGCAGCAGGCCCAGCAGCUGCAGUGGAACAUCGCCCAGAUGACUCAGCAUGUGGCCGGCAUGAAUCUCUACAACACCAACGGCAUGAUGGGAUACAGCAGUCAACACAUGGGAGGUUCAACAACUCAGAGUUCAGCACACAUGACGGCACACGUCUGGAAGUGAUCUCGUCCAUCCGAGAAGUGAUGGAAAACGCCAGCGACUGACAAAAGCGAGGGAAAACAGUUGCAGGAAUCUGUGGAUCUCCAUAAAACAUUUUCUAAUGCGAGGGAGGAGGAGGAGACAGGUGUGAAGAAGAAGAAGGUUUGAGAAACCAUUACUACCUCUCUUUCUCUCUCCUCUCUGCCCAUGCUUCCUCUUGCCGUCUCAUCCAUAGCCAUGCUCUACAGAUUUCCACGUUUGCCUUGAGGACAUUUUUCGUAUAAAGACAACAGGGUUCAGAGGCUGCUGGUUAGGACUCCACAUCUUUCUUUGUAUCGAGCCAUUAUUGGAGAGUGUGUGCUCACACAUCUGCUAUAUGUGGGUGUCAAGUAGUCGACUAUGCGUUUGGAGAAUUUUAUUGUUUUCAUACUGAAGCGCUGAGGUUACCUUAGUAUUAUUAGCUCAUAUACAUUAAUGACUACUAACCUUUAUUAAGACAAGACAUAAGAAUGAAGGAAAGACACCAGGUUUGAGGCUAAAUAGUUUAACGUUAUGUCAUGUUGCAUUACCAAUGUUUAUUAACAAAUGUUUACUCAGAAAUAGCUACAUUAUAGCAGGAUCCAUAUUAGCAAAGAAAUAACUGCAACUCUUAAUGGGCAGCUUUAAGAACACAGGGGUUAACAUUCUGAUGCCCUACCUACUUAAAAUUAUAUUUCCCCAUACUUAAAAGGAGUUGCUGCUAUUUUAUCCAAGAAUCAAGCUAAGCUAGGUGAGGCUAAUCUCCCUUUCAUAGACAACUAUAGUAUUAAAGGUCUCAUAUUGUGCGUCUUUUCAGAAAAUUAAUGAAAGUCUCACAUGUCUCUAGAAUGCAUCUUUUACUUUUUCAGACCAAAUUACCACAAAGAUGGUUCAUGAUAACAUCACUGUAGAAGUCCUGGUUUCAGUGUCUGUAGCUUUAACAGCAGUUGAGCUGCCACUGUCAACGCCCCCUUCAGGAAGAAGACUCUCUCUGUUUCUGUGGGGCUUUCUGUGACUAACUUUCUCUCUGAGAAAUUGUUGUACAUUGAAAUGUCCACAUAUUUGGUUAGUCAGACAAUGCAAUUAUAAAAUCAAGAGCUUACUGGUGCAGAGCUGUAUCUUGGAAAUGGCUCUGGAGUGACUGACCAUUAACGUGCAGUGUUAAUGGACACUGAAAACAUUUAAAUGAGAACAGCCUCAGCUGACUCAAGUUUCACUGGAGCACAACUGGUGACACGAAAACACAAUAACCCACCAAGUCCUUGUUUAUUGGUCUCAAAUUGCUCUUAAACUUUCAACCAUUUCUGAUUGACCGUCAGCGCCACAGUUUCUACAGAGCUCUGACCUGUGGGCCUACGAUGACAGCUAACGGUAACCUGAAACACAUUAGUUGAAAAGCAAUCCACUGGGUCAUCAUUUCCUCAGAUGCUGGCAGUGCAUGAAGACUCGUGAUAACUCUUGCAGCCAACAACAGAACACAUGAGGAAGUGUUCUACAACUUAAUGAACAGCAACUUCUUCAUAUCUUACUGACUUUUACUUUACACUUAAAAACGUGCACCCACAAAACUCAAUUUAAACAGAUAAUCACCAUAUCAGACCUUUAAUACAUUUAUCUGGCUUAGUGUUACAAGGGAAAAUCUGUAAAGAACAAAAACCCCUCAAACACUUCAACUACAAUAUUUACAGGAUAUUCAAACAAUAUUUAAAUUUUAAAAAUCCUUUUUAAGUGUUGAUAUGUUCCUAGAUCACUGUAUCAGAAGUUAGAGCAGCAACAAAGCCUACUUAACACAGCCCUUAAUUAUGAUGUCUUCAUCUCAAGUCACAGAGGGCUUCUUUUAGAAUCAAUAAUCAUAACUUUUAAGUGUCAAAAAGUCCUAAAACUGGAUUUUGGAAGACCAAAGAUCAACACUAGCUUUAUUCUGGUUGUACAGUAUUCCAGUAUGCUUUCCUGUAUAGCCACUUAACUAGUGAUUAUUUAGAAAAAACAAACCUAUUAAACUGUCCAAGUGUGUAUUUGACAACACCUGCUCUUACAAUUCACUGUGCUAUUUCCUCAGCAAAGGUGGAACACUUCAAAAAAAGUCACUUGCAUGCGAUGUCAUCAUGUAAGCGCACCUCAAGUUAAGAGUCUACCUUGUACAAUAAAGGCCUCGAUACCGUUGAAUGUCUGUAAAUAAGAGAGAAAUAGAGAGAAAGAGGCGACGGCAGAGACGAAAAUCAAGGUACAGAUCAGUCAUGUUUCAGAUGCUUCCACUGAACUGCAUGAAAAGAAUGUUUAUCUAGCUCUGACUGUAUGUACUCUGUGUUUAUUCAGAUUUCAGAAUGUGUCUCUCUGAAUGUGUCUCUCUGCUGUACUCGUCAAUCAGUCUUCGACCAAGACCAUCAAAAAAAAUCUCAAUGAAUGCGCGUCCUGACUGUGUUCAUGAUUGUACCGGACUCGUUUUGAAUACGCACACUUGCUGCGGUGUUUUUGAUAUUCAUUGACGUACACUUGUGAGUCUGUUGAAUGUUCUGUGGUCAAAAGCGUCCCAUCGUUUGGGUUUUUUUUUUUGGUAAAUUGUUAAAGUCAUCCAAGUUUUGCUAUAACUGUGUCAACUUCAAGGCAAGGUGCAAACUGUGACCAGGCUCGUUCUGGAGCGUUUACAAUUUGGCCAAACCACAUUGUGAUCCGAGAAGUGAUUGUACAACCACAAUCUGUCACCUCUGAAUGUUUCAGUUCCACACUUCUCCCACACAAAUCAUCUGUUUCAUUUAAAGCGUUUCUAAAUCUGCUCUUUCUGAAAAAUGCAUGAAGCCAUUAGUGUAAAUAAACUCAAUCUUUUUUUGCUUUUUUUUUUCUCUUAAAACCGCUUUGGUGUUAAGUUGCUGCUUUUCAUGUGAGGGGUAACACUGUAAAAGGUGCGGUGAACGGAGAAGUAAAUUAACAUUCUCUGGCAUAAUGAGGCACUUACCAGCUGCUGUCAGUAAAAAAAACGAGCGGCGCUGCCUUCACCGCUCGGAAACUCGACGAGUCCUUACAGGUGUUUCCUUUAAAUUUAGCUCACUUGGUGGCAGUUCAGGCGACAGUGUGACAGCAGCCGUCACUUUCUCUGCUGAGAGCAAUAUUAUCCUACAAGAAUGUGUCGUCUCUGCAACAUAACAGCAGAUCUGCCAGUUAUGAGGAGAAGUUUUUUGGAAAGGCAGAAGGAAAUUAAAUAACUUCUGUGGGCGGUAAGGCUUCACCUGAGCUUUUUCAUUCGUGCUUAACUUUUGGUUGCUUGUACUCACUUCCUUUUUUUGUCUGGUAUGUUUUCUGUGAAAUAAAAGCAAAUAAAGGAAUGUAUCUUUUUAUGUACUUGUCAAUCAAGAUAUUGUGUAUUUUAUUCUUUAUCAGAAUAUGUCCGAAUAUUAUGUUUCUUAAACAGGAUUGAUGAUGUUCUGUAUGUUAGUUCUGCAUUUUUUUUCACAUGCUUUGCCCCUUUUGAUUCCACGUCUACAAUAAAAUUUAACGAUACGUAUGUAACAUAUACUUGUCCCUGUGAAAACAUACUAAAUAAUAAAUAUUGUUUUGAUUAAUUUCUA